UCUAUGUAGAGUGUCACCCGCGAAAACCAGUCGGUAAAUUGAAUUCUAACGUUCGAAUGCAUGGAAUGUUAUUUUAUUACUCCAAAAAUGCGCCUCUCAUUCCCAGCUUCUCACUGCUUAUUUUUACGUAACCGCCCCAUCUUUGUCUCUUCACUGAAGUUGCUCAAUAAAUCCUACUCAUGUUCAGCUUCAGCGACCGUAAUUUUUUCAGUUUCUAACGCUGUUAAUGCUGUUACUGACUACACUUCUACUAUUCAGGAGGUUAAAAAUGAAAAAAUUGAAACGAUAAGCUUUGGUUCUAAGGAGAAAUUAAAGCGAUAUUCUGGGAUGUUACGUGAAUGUGCUUCAAUAGGGUGUUUAGAUAAGGGGAAAUCUGUACAUGGUAGUGUGAUUAAAUCUGGGAUAGAGUUAGAUUCACAUUUAUGGGUUUCUUUGAUCAAUUUUUAUGCAAAAUGUGGGAGCUUGGAUAUUGCGCAUAAGGUGUUUGAUGAAAUGCCUGAACGGGAUAUUGUGUCUUGGACCGCGUUAAUUUCUGGGUAUGUGAGUGAAGGAUGUGGGCGUGAUGGGGUAAACAUGUAUUGUAAAAUGAGAAAGGAGAAUAUACGGCCUAACGAGUUUGCCUUGGCUACUGUUUUAAAAGCCUGCUCAAUGUGCUUGGAUAUUGUGUUGGGAAAGCAGAUUCAUGUAGAGGCAAUAAAAACUGGGUUUUUAUUGGAUUUGUUUGUUGGUUCUGCUGUUGUUGACCUUUAUUCCAAGUGUGGUGAGGUUGAAGUUGCUGAGAGAGUGUUCUUUGGGAUGCCUGAGAAGAAUAAUGUGUCAUGGAAUGCUUUGCUUAAUGGCUAUGCUCAAAGGGGUGAUGGGAAGGACGUUUCGAAGUUGUUUCAUUUGAUGUCAGAGAGCGAAAUGAAACUUAGUAGAAACACUUUAUCUACUGUGUUAAAGGGCUGUGCUAAUUCGGGGAAAUUGAGGGACGGAAAGGUUUUGCAUUCUUUGGCUAUUAGGAAUUGGUAUGAGCUUGAUGAAUUCCUUGGCUGUAGUCUUGUGGAUAUGUACUCUAAGUGCGGGAAGUCAGAUGAUGCACUGAAAGUGUUUAACAUGAUAAAUGAUCCUGAUGUAGUUACCUGGAGUGCAAUGAUCGCAGGCCUUGAUCAGCAGGGUCAGUGUCAAGAAGCGGUCAAGCUAUUUCAUCUAAUGAGACAUAGAGGAGUCAGACCUAACCAAUAUACCUUUGCCAGUGUUGUUAGUGCUGUUACAAAUAUAGGUGACCUGCCUUUAGGUCAAAGAAUCCAUUGUUGUAUAUAUAAACAUGGGUUUGAAACUGAUAAUUCAGUUGGUAAUGCACUGAUCAUGAUGUACAUGAAGAAUGGAUGUGAGGAAGAUGGAAUUAGAGUAUUUGAGUUGAUGACAAAUAGGGAUUUAAUUUCAUGGAAUGCCAUUUUAUCGGGAUUCCAAGACUUUGAAACUUCUGAUCAAGGACUAAGAAUCUUCUGCCAGAUGAUUAUUGAAGGUUUUGAGCCCAACAUUUACACAUAUGUUGGCGUUUUAAGAUCUUGUACUAGCCUUUUAAAUAUGUUCUUUGGAAGACAAGUACAUGCUCAUGUUAUAAAGAACAGUCUUGAUGGUAAUGAUUUUGUUGGAACGGCCCUCAUUGACAUGUAUGCAAAAAAUAGAAAUUUGGAAGAUGCAGAGAUAGCUUUCGAUAAACUAGCAAACAGAGACAUCUUCACUUGGACGGUCAUUAUUGCUGGUUAUGCACAAACUGAUCGAGCGGAGAAAGCUAUUAAGUACCUUGGUCAGAUGCUAAGAGUGGGUAUAAAGCCUAACGAGUUCACUCUUGCCAGCUGUUUAAGUGGAUCCUCCCGCAUGGCAACCCUAGGAAAUGGGCAGCAGCUCCAUUCCGUGGCAUUUAAGUCUGGACAUAUUGGGGACGUGUUUGUUGGCAGUGCCAUUGUCGAUAUGUAUGUGAAAUGUGGGUGCAUGGAAGAUGCUGAGGCCAUUUUCAAGGGCUUGUUUUCACGCGACACAGUGGCUUGGAACACAAUUAUUUGUGGGUAUUCACAACACGGAAAGGGACAGAAGGCUCUUGAAGCCUUUAGGGUGAUGUUAGAUGAAGGCAUUGUGCCCGAUGAGGUUAGUUUCAUAGGUGCUCUUUCUGCAUGUAGUUACAUGGGUUUGGUUGAAGAGGGGCAAAAGCUUUUCGAUUCAAUGAGCAAUGUUUAUGGAAUUACCCCUUCAGUUGAGCAUCAUGCUUGUAUGGUUGAUAUUCUUGGUCGAGCUGGAAAGUUUAACGCAGUUGAGAUGUUUAUUGAGGAAAUGAAGUUAACUUCAUAUUCCUUGAUCUGGGAGACUGUUCUUGGGGCAUGUAAAUUGCAUGGGAAUGUCAGCUAUGGUAAACAGGCUGCUGAGAAACUCUUCCAACUUGAACCCGAGAUGGACUCCAGUUAUAUAUUGCUGUCAAAUAUUUUUGCUGCCAAGGGCAGGUGGGAAGAUGUGAGAAAAACCAGGGCUUUGAUGUCUGCUCAGGGUAUUAAAAAGGAACCUGGGUGUAGCUGGAUAGAGGCUGAUGGUCAAGUCCAUGUCUUCACAUCUCAAGAUGGUUCGCAUCAAAAAACAAGGGAAAUCUAUGCUAAAUUGGAGGAAUUACGGAAAAAAGUGACUUCAAUAGGUUAUAUCCCUAAAACAGAAAAUGUGCUGCAUAAUGUCAGUAAUAAAGAAAAGAUUGAGCAUCUCUUCCAUCAUAGCGAGAGGUUGGCUCUUGCUUUUGCCCUCAUAAGCACCAGUCCAGUUAAACCAAUUCGAAUUUUCAAAAACCUUCGUAUCUGUGGGGAUUGCCAUAACUUUAUGAAACACGUGUCAAAUGUCACAAACCGUGAAAUAGUUGUCCGUGACAUCAAGCGUUUCCACAAUUUUAAGGAAGGCACUUGCACUUGUCAGGAUCAUUGGUAAAAUUGCUCGACCCGUGCAGUGAGAUUGGCUGGGGUUCAUCUGUGUCGAAUGCUAACCAUUCUAUCUAUUGGUAACAUGCCGUGCUUGGGACAGUUAGGAGAGCCUUUAGUUUUGAGACAGUCGAGGAGACGUUUUCAUGGAAACUGGAUGGCCGUACUAGCUAUUAAAGAUUUCAUAUCUUCAAUGGAUGUGUCUGGAAGAAGUGUAGUAUCAUCAAACAGUAGCCAAUCCUUGAUCAUGUGUUUUUGCAGGCAUUUGUGAUCCUCAAUGUUAUAGUUUCUGUUGCGGCUACGAAUUGCAGUGAGCUUUGAAACGCCAUUGGCAAAUACCGCAAUGCCAUAGCGGAAGAACCUAAAUCAAUGCCGCAGGACGACCAGGAAUAGCUGCACGCCACUCUAGCAUCCAAAUGAACUUUGACUGGAAGUAUGAUUCUAACGCAGCAAAGUCGGUGCAGCCUGUGCUCUAGAUAGCGGUUUUCUUCUUGAAAGAUCAAAGAGGUUUCCUUUUUCUUUGGAAGUUGGAGGAUGAUGCCUUUGGUUCUUUUUAUGUUUACGGGGUUUGUUUUUGAGAUAUUAGAGGUCAUACAUAAGGAUAAUGGGGAGCUUAGACCAUUUGCUGCUGGCCGUGGCGUUACAAAUUGAAUAAAACUUCUGGAUAUGUUUAAACUCUACUCUACAUUCUGACAAUGAGCGAAUCAGCUUAAUAGAAGAACACAGUUCUCAUUUAAAUAAUGUUCGAGGUCUUCUGGUUGCUUAAAACCAUCAUCAAGACACAGCUGAUCUGAGUGAAAGAACCGAUCAUUGUAUCCUAGGAAGAUAAUAGAGACAUUUUAUUUUCCUAUAGAUCACUAAUAUAAGCUUGUUCAACUGAAACAGUUGCUGCAUUUGUACUGGCUUGAUAAACCAAUGUUAUUUCAUUGAGGUCACAAAUGCCAGAUGGUGGAAAUAUUCAGCUGCAA